AGUUUAAGCGGGGAAGGAGGGCGAUGGUGAUGUCCACGUAAGUGGAUAGAUAGAGACGGAAAGGGUGAGUGAGAGAGAGAGAGAGCUGGAGAGAUAGUGAUAUCCAGAUAGAGAGAGCGGGAGAGAUAGUGAUAUCCAGAUAGAGAGAGUGCGGUAGGGUGAUACUGAGAGAGAAAGGGUGAGAGAGAGAGAGGGAGUUGGUGGAGUGAAAGAGGGAGAGGAAUGAGACAGGUAGAGCAAGAAAUAAAUAGACACAGCAGUCAUUGAGAGGCGGAGAAACAUAUUAAAGAAUGAGAGAAUUAGACUGAGCAAUUAAUAGAGAAGGAAAGGGAAUAACUAAUGUGGACUGAAAUCAUUAGUAAAUGUUAAUGCUAGAAAUAGAGAUAGAGGGUGAUAGAAAUAGACAGAAGGAGAAAGGUACUGAGAGAGAGAGAGAUCAUCAGCCACUGCAAUAUAACGCAGAGUGUGCUUCUAGAGAAAGUGAUAAAGAGGGAAGUGAAGAAACGGGCCUGGCGAUAGGGGAAAGGACAAAAAUAGACGAGGAAUACUCACUGCAUUAGAGGGCAAGAAGAGGGAGGGUUUGUAGGGAGGCUGAUCUAUUACCUGGAUUUGUAGAGGGAGACACGUUCACUUAAGGACAGGGCAAAAACAAAUCAGAUGGGGGAAGUGCACAUAUUCUGAUUGGACAGGCUAAAACUUUUGAAAGUUUGAGUGGGACAGGCUGGUGAAUAGAAUAUAUCUUUAUUUGACAUAUCAUUUAAGAAAUUGGACAGAAGUAGGAAUAGGCCAGAGAACUGAGUAACUAGUGGAUUUUGAGUUAUUCAUACUUAUAUUGCAUAAUAGAUGUACUGUAGGGGAGUGAUUUACUGAAAAGUUAGGAGUAACCAUUAUAAAAUAACAGCAAAGUUAUACUAGAAGGAAAAUAUGUAGCAGAUUUUGUAUGAUAAAGAUAAAAAAAACAAUAAUGAGAGAGAAAAUAAAUUAGCUAUAGAUAACUUUGAAGAAUUAAAUUGUGUAAACAUUUCUAAAGACAUAACUAAUUGUUUGGCUGGGACUUAUGAAGUCAACCAAGUUUAUCAGAAAAUCUUGACAAUAUAAGAGAGGGAUCAGUCCAAAGGGAGGAGCUGCACAAGUGGAAAUUGAAAAAUAAUUGCUGGUUAAGACGUAGUAAAUUAAAGUUCUUAAAGCAGUGGUAAGGAUGCUCUAUAAUGGAAUAGAGAAUGGAAAGUAAAGUGCUCCCAUCAUUCAUCAAUUACGGACCAGAAUUUGGAAGAGAAAGGCAACCACUGAUCAGUCAACUGUUCAAGAAUAUGCUGGAUUUUUGAUGUUGGAAGAAAAGAAAGUUUAAAAUUGAUUGAAUUCCAUUGGAAUCAUAUUUACAGAAAAUGAGACGAAGUCUUGCACCGAGUCAGCUUGCUAAGCGAAAGCCAGGAGAUUCCUCUGAUGAAGAGGAUGUGAACACAAAAAGACGAAAGUUGGGAUCUGAGCGCAAUAACAUUGAAAGUUUUGUUUCUCCAUUCCGGAAACCACUAGCACAACUAACCAAUAGGCCAGUGUGUCUUGACAGCAGUCAGCAUGAGGCUUUCAUUCGAAGUAUUCUGGCCAAACCUUUCCGAGUGCCUAUUCCAAAUUACACAGGUUCUCUCGGAUUAAAGGCACUUGGGAUUAAACGUGCAGGAGCCAGACGAUCACUUCAUGAUCCAUAUGAAGAAGGUGCUUUAGUUCUCUUUGAACCUCCACCUCUUAGUGCGCAUGACCAACUAAAGGCAGACAAAGAUAAACUUCCAGUACACGUGGUGGUGGAUCCUAUCUUGUCUUCUGUCCUAAGACCACAUCAAAGAGAGGGUGUGAAGUUCAUGUGGGACUGUGUGACAGGCCGACGUAUUAUGGAUGGCUAUGGUUGUAUUAUGGCAGAUGAGAUGGGAUUGGGCAAGACUUUGCAGUGUAUUUCUCUAAUGUGGACCCUUUUACGACAAAGCCCUGAAGCCAAGCCAGAGAUUGAAAAAGUCAUUGUUGUGACUCCAUCCAGUUUAGUAAAGAACUGGUAUAAUGAGGUGGAGAAGUGGCUGGCUGGAAGGUUGCAAUCGCUGGCUAUUGAUGGAGGAACUAAGGCAGAGAUUGACAAGAAACUGGCCACGUUUAUGAGCCAACAUGGGUUGCGGAUUCCAACUCCAAUCCUAAUAAUUUCUUAUGAGACGUUCCGAUUACAUGCUGAUGUGCUUUGCAGAGGUCCUGUUGGUUUAGUCAUCUGUGAUGAGGGUCAUAGGCUAAAGAAUUCAGACAAUCAGACAUAUCAGGCGCUGAACAAUCUGAAUGCCAAGCGUCGUGUGUUGAUCUCAGGAACACCAAUCCAGAAUGACCUGUUAGAAUAUUUCAGCCUUGUCCAUUUUGUUAAUGCAGGAAUACUCGGGACUGUACAAGAAUUUAAGAAGCGGUUUGAAUUGCCCAUCUUGAAGGGUCGUGAUGCAGAUGCGAAUGAAAAUGAAAGACUGUGCGGUGAGGAGAAACUGAAAGAAUUGAUCAGCGUUGUGAAUAGGUGUUUGAUUCGAAGAACGUCAGAUAUUCUCUCCAAAUACUUGCCAGUGAAGAUAGAACAGAUUGUCUGCUGCAGACUCACUCCCCUGCAGUUAGAGUUGUACAAGCUGUUCUUAAAACAAGCCAAACCAGCAUUAGAAGUGGAGCAAGCUCACAAUGGGAAGAUAAGCAUUUCCUCCCUGUCUUCAAUUACCUCGCUAAAAAAACUUUGUAACCACCCGGCAUUGAUCUAUGAGAAGUGUGUGGAUGGUGAGGGAGGAUUUCGGGGAGCUCUUGAUCUCUUUCCAUCAGGAUACAGUACAAAAUCAGUGGAGCCUCAGUUAUCUGGCAAGAUGCUUAUCCUUGACUAUAUCUUAGCGAUGACUCGAAGUACCAGCUCUGAUAAGGUGGUUCUGGUAUCAAAUUACACACAAACUCUGGAUUUAUUUGAGAAACUUUGCAGAGAUAGGAGGUACCUUUAUGUUAGACUGGAUGGUACGAUGACAGUAAAAAAGAGGGCCAAGAUUGUGGAGCGUUUCAAUAAUCCUACAAAUCCUGAAUUUGUCUUCAUGUUGAGUAGUAAAGCUGGUGGGUGUGGCUUGAAUUUAAUUGGUGCAAACCGGUUGGUCAUGUUUGAUCCAGAUUGGAAUCCAGCUAAUGACGAGCAGGCGAUGGCUCGUAUAUGGCGAGAUGGACAGAAGAAGACUUGCUACAUUUACAGGCUUUUGUCGACAGGGACAAUUGAGGAGAAGAUUUUCCAGCGUCAAACUCACAAGAAGGCACUGAGUAGCUGUGUAGUUGAUGAGGAGCAAGAUGUUGAACGGCACUUCUCCCUUGGAGAGCUUAAGGAGCUCUUUACUCUAAAUGAGAACACAGCAAGUGACACACAUGACAGGCUGAAGUGUCGUCGAUGCAUGAAUAGUCACCAGGUGCGCCCUCCUCCUGAAGGCUCUGAUUGUACAUCAGAUCUCUCUCAGUGGAAUCACUGUGCGAAUAAACGUGGACUGCGAGAUAUGGUUCUUCAGUCAGCCUGGGAUGCUGCAGUCUCCUUUGUGUUUCAUCACCACUCCCAUGAGGAGCAACGUGGAGUUAUCUGAGAUACCCAAUGGUUGUGCAAAAUUAGUGAAGGUUCAUUAGUUAAAGGUGACUCAGAUGGAUUAUUUGCCUUUAAGAAAUCUUAUUGCAUUCCAGUAUGCCAUCAAAGGAGGUUCUGAACUUUGAGGAAUCUGAUGAGGAUCAUCUGGCUGUGUUAGUCCACCUUGACUUCAUUUAUUUGAAUCUGCUGCCUUGUACGCAUUGCUAGAAGAGCCCUUGAAUGUUGUAUCAUUUUCAUAUAAAAUACAUCUCUUGUCUAUUGUUGUGGAACAUGAAUGUCUGCAUAGCAGACAUGUAAAGAUGUUUUAUGAUUUAUUCUGUGAAUAGGCAAAAGGUUGUUCUAAACUAUAUUUUGUAAAGGGUAUUGGGAAGUUGUAAAUUGUGGGGAUGAUUCAGUAAUACAAGUGUUAAAACAGUAUUCAUGUUCAAAGUCUUUGAGGAAUAGCUGAUUUAAAAUUCAUGUGUAUAAUACUAUCUUCUGUCUGUUAUUAUCUCUGAUGCAAAAAGCUUAGAAUUUCAAGAUUCCUGAUGAUCAUGGAUCAUUGAGCCACAUUGUCGGCAAUACAUUUAAGUACUGCUUUAAAAUAAUGGUUAACUCAGGUGUGUUGUUAUAAGACUCGCUGAUCAUUGGGAACAUCAGUACUAACUGUUUCCCACUAUUUUUUUUGGAGAUGUAAUAUUUUAUCUUUGGCUUUGCCUAAAACACUAUCUGCUCUCAGUUGAACUACCUCUGAUGGCUUAAUAAAUUACAGCUAUAAUUAAUGGCUAACUUAUUCUGCCCUCAUCAAUUGUCUGCAAUUUAAAUUUAUCAGAAGGCCCUGGUUAUUGUCCUUCAUUGAAUCCACGAUGUGAUCAUCUGUGGCAGGGACAAAUGUAAUUGUCUCUCUCAUUUUUAAAUGUACCUGUUGUACAGUACUGAACUUAAUGUACUAAGCCAAUAAAAAUCAUAGUUUCCCUUUGGCUUGAAUGUAAAUUGUGGCUGAAGCAAACCAGUUUCCUUUAAAUUGUGAAGUAUGUUUGGGUUAAUCUUUAUAUAAAGAUUUGCCUUUCUCUCAUGGGAUGUGGGUAUCAGUGAUAAGGGCUGUAUUUAAUGCACAUUUCUAAUUGACCUUGAUUGUGGUGGUAUGCACCAUCUAGAAUGGCUUCUGUCACCAUGUCAUGUGCUGAUCGAUAAACAAAAAGUUUCAGAAUUUUCAGCCAGUUGUUAUUGAUGGUGUUCCCAUAGACUAAUGUUGAACAAGGAAAUGAAGAUCAGUAGGGAGGGUACUGAAGCAGCAUGCUUUGAAAACAUUGAGGUUAAGGUGAUUAAUGUGAAACAAGAACCACACUUGAGAGGUUUUGACUCUGCAGUAAAAAGAUUUCCUUGACUUAUUUUAUCGAGGCUCCUUGAUGCCAUAACUGGUCAAAUGCUGCUGCUGUCAAGUUACUCUUACAUUGUCUGUUAUUUACUGGUGUAGCUAAACUCUUAGCUUGUACUUAAAAAAGCUUUGUUCAGUGAACUUUAUUGUAAAACUUCAUUAGAAUACUUCACUCAAUAAUUCAUUACCUAAAACUGUUAUCUUUAUAAAACCAGGCAAUAUUAAGGCAUAAAAAGAAUAGAGCAGAUUAGUACAUUCCAAGGCUUACUGAGCCACCCUAAAACAAAAUCCUACUACUAAAAAUAUUGCCUUUUAGUACAAAGUGCUGUAUGAGAAUUUGGGGGGAAAAAUUCCUAUUUCAUUGUCUUUCCUGUCUAAAGUACUUAAACAGAAGGCUUGAAUGAGUAUUUUGGCUUGGAUUUCAAGUCAGUUUAAAGAAAACACAAACUACUUUUCAACUGCAAGUAUGCAAAAAGCUUUGGUCAUAAAAUAACAAAUCCAUCUGAACAGAGGCUACAAU